UCACAGUGAAUUAGUCAUAUUUAAGCUUUCAUUAAUUAAUUUGUCGGUCUAUCGACCGGAGAAACAAAGACACUUUCAGCAGUGAAAAUAUGGGUGUUCUUGCAGUAAUAGCCAAACGUUUGGAUGCACUAGUCGGGCCUGGAGUGAUGUUUCUUUAUCCAUUAUACGAAUCAAUGAGAGCAAUCGAGAGUCCUUCAACCUUGGAUGAUCGGCAGUGGUUAACAUACUGGAUUAUGUGCUCCUUCAUAACCCUGUUUGAGUUAUCAUGUUAUAAAAUCCUGGCUUGGCUGCCGUUUUGGCCAUACGUAAAGCUACUAUUUUGCUUGUGGUUGGUGUUGCCGAAGUUCCAUGGGGCAGCUUAUAUCUAUGCAAAUUACAUCCGGAAAUAUGUGAAGAUUGGUGGGCUGGUAGGCUCAUCAAAGUAUACGGAAGGGCAAAAGAAGGUCCUCGAGAUGAUGAGCUUUGAUGCAAGGAAAUUAGUAAUACAGUAUGUUGAUAAAUAUGGAUGGGAAACGCUUGAACGGGCUAUCAAGGCGGCUGAAAGGGAAGCAAAGAAGCGUUGAGAACUUGAAUUCUCUUAGAAUGUGCAAAUUGUGUAUACAUUCAAGUGUAAAUGGAAGGGUACUUAUUUACAAGAACAAAUAAAAUAUUUGACUGUGAAAUAAAAUAGCUCCUGAUGUUAACUAUGAAAUUGUGAAUUGU